CAUGGGAAGAUUCUUUAACUUUUUGUUCACCACCUCGUUGGGAGCAGCUGGGUAUCUCUACUAUGCUGGAGCCUUCAAGUCAAUGAAUAUCCACACUACAAGUUUGGGUUAUCGUGAGGCCUUCUACAGGCCAUUCCAAGGCUCUUUUGAGAAAGACAUUUAUCCAGCCUUUAAUGAAGUUAUGAAAGAUAUAAAACAGCUGGAGGAAAAGCAGAAAUCUGAUAAAAUCGAAAAUGUCAAUUCAUUUGGGAUCUACUAUGAUAAUCCCGAUGACCUUAAGGAUAGAGCCAAGUGCAGAGCUGACAUAGGGUUCACUUUCAAUAACAAAGGGCUCGAUGAUACUGCUAGAGAAGAGCUUAAGAAGAGCUAUGAAGAGAAAGGAUAUCAAUAUACCACUUUUAAAACUACUGAUGCCUUACAUGAAAACUUUGCUAUUAAGUAUCCAAUGUGGGUCUCCUUCUGGAUUGCUUCCUAUAAAUGGUAUCCUGCAGCAAAGAAGAGACUUUUUGAAAAUGGAACAUUAGCCAAGCUUAGCAAAGGAGUUGAAUAUGGCUUCAUAGAAGUUUAUGAGAAUGGAAAUAUUGAGUUCUACGGACCACUUGAGCAUUUUGAAGAUUUCCAUCUGACGAAAUUCCCUACUCCUGAGAGAAAGUAA